UAUAACAUCUCAUUUAUCUUGAUUUGUCAGGUGUCUGUAGAGCUGAAUCCCGGUCUGACUCCUCCGUUGGUUCUUCCUCAAGGAGUGGGUCUAGUUCAUGUGCGAGGGCUGGGGCAAAGUGACACACUUCACUUCUUGCUGUGUAAUCAUGGAGCUCCAGCACUGCUGAUGGUUAACACUUACAGCACACAGUCAGCAGUGCAGGUGGACUGGCCCGCCUUCAUCAACCGCAGUUCAUCAGGCAGCCUGAGGGUGGAGCCGCAGACCAGUGUGCGGUACAGCAGGGCACUAGUGUUCACCAGAGUGUGGGAGUAUGACGACGUCAGUAACACCGCCGACCCGCAGCAGACCGCAGAGUCCAGCUUUUACCCUCCAUACGAGCUCCAGAACUUCAUCUGGUCCGACCCAAAGAUCACUGUUAACCAGACAGGUCACACAGUAACACUGUGCGGCAGAGAGAAAACGGAGAGUUUCCUCAACGGCUCUCUCUGUCUGCAGUUCUCAGCGUUUGAGUCAGUGGGUCGUGAUCAAGUGUGGCCAAAUCUCCGUCAUAACGCCAACUCCUCGCAGCUGCGCGUGUGGCUGGACGGCGUGACGCCGCGAGGAAACCGCUCCAGAUUCGCUCUGGAGUUUCAGUCUGUUGGAGACUCAGUAUUCCGGGAAAGAGCCUAUGACUGCAGCUGCAUAGACGAUGAGUACAAACCCUUUUUCUUUCAGGUAAACACUUCAGCAAACCUGCACAAUGUCUCAGAUUUUUGUCUCCAUCGUAUUUGAUACACACACUUCUAAGGCUCUAAAUGAUCAACAUGAUCAAUUAAACCUGUCACACAAUCUGCUCCAUGCCCUCUGUUGUCUGACUGAUAGUUUAGGCUUUUUUUAAUCAAGUUAAAGGCCUUUUA